UGCGCUGUUUACAUUCAACGUGACGUAUGUUCCAUGUGUUUUUAUAUUUAUAAAAGAUAAGAAAAACCGUCUUGCUGAUUUUUUUUUUUCAAAAACGGUAAAUCCAUAAUCAUUAUAACCUAAAGAUGUCAGGUGACUUGACAAAUAGAAGACCUAAUCGUAAAAGGAAAAAGUCGUUUCUGAAAAAUGCUAGAAAAUAUGCAAAAAAAGGCUUUUAUGGGAGAGGUUCAGAACUAGAUGCUGACACAUACCAAUACUUCGUAAGAAUUAUGGAAGCUUAUAGGCAGGGUUUUGAAAAUGAGGAAGACCAAAUAAUGUUUAUUAAUAACGUUUUUGAACAAACUGAAAACAAGGAACUUGAUUGCAGCUGUAACCAAGUUGGUUGCCGUGUAAUUGAAAUGUUACUUCCUUUUGCUAAUAGAAAUAUUCUAAAGAAAUUCAUAGAUACAUUUACUUCUGACUUGAGAAAACUUUGUAGUGACCGUUUUGCCAGUCAUGUGUUAGAGGCAUUAAUUAUACAGUCGUGCAAAAAAUCUUUAGAAGCCAAUAAUGAUUUAGAAGUACCCAAUCAGUACUUCAAAGAUUCUGUAAUUAAGAUAACCAAGUUCUUAUUGAAUAAUUUAGAAGACUAUAUGUGGGAUACAUAUGCAAAUCAUGUAAUUAGAGUUUGUUUAUUAAGUCUGCUUGGCUUAUCUCAAGAAAAUAUAACUAAAGGUGUCGGUAUAAAAGUUGAAGAGAAACAAUUUAUCCCUGAAGAAUUUCUGGAAAUUGUUAAAGAAUACGGUACAAGACUGAUUCUUUGGCCACAGUUUAAUGAAUUAUGUAAUUCAGAACUAACAUCCGGUUUUUUGCAAAUUCUGUUAAAAUGUCUAACUAAUGUUGAUUUAAAGUUGCUAAAAAAAUAUCUGAAGAAACUUUUGAAUGAAGUGUUUACUACAAAUAUGGAAGAUUAUGACAAAAAAGUCUUGCCAAAAGCAUUUUUAUCUAAAUCAGUUAUAAUGUUAUUAGAAACAUCAGUAGAAAUUUCAACCCCAAAACUAUAUACUCAAAUAUAUGCAUCGUGUUUUGCUGGAAGACUUGUAAAAUUAGCCACGACAAGAAGCACAAAUUUUUCAGUACAAAAAUUAUUACAACAUUGUAAAGAGAAGGUUGAGUUUGAGGCUAUGUUCGAUGAACUAGCAAAUGAUUUUCAACAAAUAAUUGAAACUGGCCACUCUGGAGUUAUAUUAGCAUUAGCUCAAACUUGUAAAAGAUUAACUGCUAAACAAGGAAGUUUUGUGCAAAACUUAAUGAAAAGUUUUGAUUGCUUUGAACCAGAAGAUAGACAAAAAUGCUUUGUCAUAUGCAUGUGUAGAUUUAAUAAAUUUGAGAAUGUCAAAGAAAUAUCAAGCGACAAUUUGCAAAAAGACAAGUUAAGCCUUCAUGGAACGUUAAUCUUAGAAUCAUUACUAGAUUUUAAUAAACCCAUAAAAAUAGUCAACAGCAUACUAGACAUGGAACAACAGGAUCUAAAAAAUCUAUUUUGUAAUAGUAUGGGAAGUCAUAUUACUGAUUCAUUUGUAAAAGGAUUAUUUGUGGGAGAAAAAAGUAGAGAAAAACUUGUAAGAAAAAUGAUGGGGACAUACCAAGAGUUAGCGACAUCCAAAUAUGGUUCAAGAUCUUUUGAAGCCAUUUGGAGUAUUGCAAAUUUAAAGACAAAACUACAAAUAAUGGAUGAGCUAUCUCACAAAAAUGCUUCUUGGUCAAAUUCCGAACAUGGUAAAAUAAUAGCAAAUAAAGUCAAUCUAUUGCUUUAUAAACGAAACAAGGAAGAUUGGAAGAAUUCAUUUAAUAAAUCUAAUAAGAGUGCAAAGAUUUUAGCUGAUAUAUUAAAAUAAUUGACUUAAUUAUGCAUUUUUGAUAAGUCCUAAAAAUUUUGUUUGUUUUAAAU